AUGACUGAACAAACUCACGAAGAAUUAUUCAACCAAAACGUAUGUGGAAAUGGUUUGGCAUUCAAGAAGGUAGUUCGUGAAUUAUUCAACAAUCGUAUUGUUCCUGCCACCAAGAAUCUUCAACAAGUCAAUCCAAAGAUGAUCAUCUUGUUGGAUUGGGCUUCUCUUGCUGCAUUGCCAACUGAAACCAAGUACAAGUAUGGUGAUAGAUUUGCUGAAGAUACCUUGUUGAAUAAUUGCAUCAAAUUCUUAACCGAAUGUCCAAGAUUGAGCAAUAUGAGUGAAAUUGCCAAGGUUUUCAUCAAGGAUCCUGAUUGUAAGGAUGCUUUCAUGGGAUUGGAAAAAUUGAUUUUCAGAGUUGUUCACAAUGCUGAAAGUAAGGAAUCUUCUGGUUUCCUUGGAUAUUCUUACAAGAUUAAUGGAGUUGAUUUGGUUGUCACUUUAGAAUGUAAUUUGACUCUUGUUAUGAAGGUUGCCAAUGAAAGACAAAGUCCAUCUGCUGAUUCUGAAGCUAAAAAGUUGAUUAAUGCUUUCUAA